AUGUCUCCCAGCGAGCUAGUUAUGUUUGCACCUUUCACAAACCCACAUGGAGUUACUUUAGCAUUACAACCAUUAUCUACCAGGGAUGAAGAAGAGGAGGAAACAGAUGAGAAGUAUACAUCAUUACCGAAAUACAAAUAUCAUUCAUGGUGGAUAUUAGCAAACCCUAUAUACCAAUUUUGGUUUCUAAAUGAAUAUGUAAGCUUUAGAGUGUUUUAUUGUAUAAUGCUUGCAUGUAUUGGGGUUGUAAUCUUUUCUCAAGAUUCGUUGCUUUGGAAAGUCUUAAUGUAUAUCUGCAUUUCCAUAGAUGCAAUAUAUGGGAUAAGUUUAGUAAUAUUAUUUACUUCACCACUUCGGAAGAAAAAAAUAUUGGGACUUCAAGGACAAAUGAAACUAAUGUUGGAAGUGAUUGAAACCAAGCCAAUAUUGGAGAUGAAAAAAUGGGAUUUAAUUGCUUCCAAUUUAAAUAGUCAUUUAUAUAUUAUGAACAAUUGGAGAAAUAAUGAUUUUUUCUACGAUGGGAAACAAUGCUUAAAUUUGUUUCGAUUCUUAAUACAACCGAAUAUAAUGAUACAAAUUGGGGUGGUUGAUUUGGAAUUAAAUAAUUUAAACAAAGCUAUAGAACAUGCAAGAAAAGUUCAUACCGAAUCAAUUGAUAAUUAUUGGGCUUCACAACAUCCUGAGCUUUUUUAA